CAGAUGCGCAGUGCAUUCUUUGCUCAUACAACCCUCAUCUUCGACUUGCACAACCCGACUAGCGACCAUAUCCCAGGUUAUCGCUCACAGCUAUCUACAUACCGUAACGAAAGCAUCAUGGAAUUCCCUCAAUUUAUUCUCGGUGCCUCGCAAUUCGGCGCCACCUGGACCGAACAGCAAGCCGUUGAGCUCGCUCCAACUGCAAAGGACGCUCAAAUCACCCGCCUCGACACCUCCCCCAUUUAUCCAAUGCACAAUCAGGGCGCGUCUGAGAAAUACAUUGGCGCAGGUUCCUAUGCCUCCAAGGGCUUCAAAAUCGACACGAAAGUGCUGUUUGCUGCCGAUGGGAAAGGACAUAUCACGCCUGAAGCAGUCGAGAAGUCCAUCACUGCUAGUCUGGAGCGAAUAGGGGUGGGAAAGCUAAACGUAUUCUACGUCCACGCACCAGACCACACCACCCCCAUCGCCACGCAAGCCGCCGCAAUGGACGCCCAACACAAAAAAGGCCGCUUCGCACACCUCGGAGUUUCAAACUUCAGCAUCGCGAUGCUGCAGGAAUGGCUCGAUGUCGCCGACGAAAAGAACUACGUCAAACCCACCGUUUUCCAAGGCCACUACAAUCUUCUCAACCGCACAUACGAGAAAGAGCUGUUCCCCUUUCUCAAAAAACACGGCAUCGAAUUCGUCGCGUACAGUCCGCUUGCAGGUGGUUUCCUAACCGGAAAACUUACCUUGGCAAAGGACGAGGAAGAGCUGAAAGGAACGAGGUUCGAGGUCGCGCAGACGAAUAUCCCGGGCAUGAUCUAUAGGAAUUGGUUUGAUAAGCCUUCGAUGCAUGAUGCUGUUCGGAAACUGGCAAAGGCGUGUGAGCCGCAUGGGGUUUCUGUUGCUGAGGCUAGUGUUCGGUGGUUGGUGUUUCAUUCGUCGUUGGUUGGGUGGGAGGGGAGUGGUGUGAUUAUUGGACCGAGUAGGCUUGCGCAGUAUGAGAUGUAUAUCUCUUCUAGGUCUCAGGGGAAGCUGCCGGAGGAUCUCGUUGGAGAGAUUGAAGGGUUAUGGGAGGGGGUAAGGGAGGAUGCUGCUUCGAUUGUGGAUUUUGGCGGGAAGUAG